AACCUAUAACAAACAGAGAUUUAAUAUAUUUCUCUUUGACAAUAACUAAGCCAAACUUCCACGUCUCUUUCGACAACUCUCUCUCUCUACAACACGCAUUCUCGCUUUCAUAACGGCUCACCGCAUGUCCGCGUCACGGCGAUCAACGUCGCUAACUGACUCCUCCGCCGAGAUCGAGCGGAUGGAAAGCACCGGUAGCUGGGGCGACGCUCUCGACUGGUUCAAACUGGAGGUGCAGCAUCCAGCGUCACGCUCGGUUUAUAAAUGCUUGCUUGAGGCAGAGCGUGCUGUAGUCGAGGGACGUGGUGUUGUUCUUAUUAACACUAAUGAGGCAGGUACCUUGAUAGUGACUAAUUUUCGUCUUAUUUUCCUGAAGAGCGAGGGAACAGAAAAUAUCAGUGCACUUGGAACGAUUCCGCUAGCAACAAUUGAGAAGUUCAGCAAAAUGGUUGUAAAAAAUCAAUCAGCCCCUCGUCACUCUGAGAAGACUUCAUCGCAGCGUCUUCUCCAAGUCAUUGGGAGAGAUAUGAGAAUUAUUGUUUUUGGUUUUCAGCCCAAAACAAAGCAGAGACAGGCUAUAUAUGAUGGGUUAUUAAGGUGCACAAAACCAUCAAGUCCCUGGGAUCUUUAUGCUUUUAGCUGUGGACCGUCCAAAUUUACUAAUGCUAACCCAAAAGUGCGCUUGUUGAAUGAGUGCUUCCGUCUUCUCGGAAAAGGCUUUUGUAGUGCAUCAAUAGAUAUGAUUGACAAAGGGUCAUAUACACUGUCUAAUGAGAUGUGGAGAAUCAGUAAUGUAAAUUCCAACUACAUAAUGUGCCCGAGCUACCCUUUUGCCUUAAUUGUUCCAAAAUCCAUCAGUGAUGAAGAAGUGGUCCAUGCAUCCAGCUUUCGUUCCAAGGGUCGCUUGCCUGUAGUUUCUUGGUGUCAUCCUGGAACUGGAGCAGUCCUUGCACGUUCAUCUCAACCGUUAGUUGGUCUAAUGAUGAAUAUGAGGAGCAACACAGAUGAAAAGCUUGUCGCAGCUCUUUGCUCUCAACUUGGUGAUAAAAAGGGGCGGAGGAAGUUAUAUAUUGCUGACGCAAGACCUAGAAAAAAUGCUUUAGCAAAUGUGGCUAUGGGAGGUGGCUCAGAAUCACCAUCUCACUAUUUUCAAUCCGAGGUGGUUUUCUUUGGGAUAGACAACAUACAUGCUAUGCGUGAGAGUCUUUCUCGGCUUAGGGACUACUUGGAUACUCAUGGCUCCACUUCAUCAGACGGAACAUUAUCACUCUUGAGACAUGGUGGCUGGACCUGGGGUGGAGGCAAUCUCAGCAGUAUGUCUGCUUCUGUGGCAACCCUCGGUGACAGUGGUUGGUUAAUACAUGUCCAAAGUGUCUUGGCUGGUUCAGCUUGGAUUGCUGCUCGUGUUGCUUUGGAAUCAGCAUCAGUGCUUGUACAUUGCAGCGAUGGAUGGGAUAGAACUAGUCAGCUGAUUUCACUUGCUAAUUUGUUGCUUGACCCUUACUAUCGUACAUUCACUGGGUUUCAGGCGCUCAUUGAAAAAGACUGGCUAGCAUUUGGUCAUCCAUUUGAAGAGCGAAUGGGAAUGCCAAUUGUAUCUGGAUGCAGUGAUAAGCCUCUUGAUUUAUCUAGGCAAUCUUCAGUUGGGAGUUUUCCAUCAUCACCCAUGCGACAGUCAUCAGGAUCACUUGCACCUCAAGCUCCUAGUUCUUCUCAUGCGCAGAACCAAUAUUCUCCUAUAUUUUUGCAGUGGAUUGAUUGUGUUUCACAAUUAUUGCGGAUGCAUCCGUUUGCCUUUGAGUUCUCCUCGGCUUUCCUGGUGGACUUAUUGGACUGUGUGCUUUCAUGUCGUUUUGGUAACUUCUUCUGCAAUAGUGAGAAGGAAAGGCAGCUAGUUGGUGUCUCUGAAUCUUGUGGAUGCUUGUGGGCUUAUUUGGCUGAUUUGCGUUCUUCAGAGGGAAGGUCUCAUGUGCACUAUAACCUUUUUUAUAGUCCUCUGAAACAUAAUGGCCCAUUGUUACCUCCAGCAGCAGCUUUAGCCCCGGCUCUAUGGCCCCAGUUCCAUCUUCGGUGGGCUUGUCCUUCAGAAGCCCAAGCUGGGGAGCUUGAAGCUCAAUGCCGGAAUAUGUCUUUAAAAUUCUCUGAACUACAGAAGGCAAAAGAAGGAGCAGAGAAGAAAGCUAAAGAAACCACAAAUGCCAUGGAAUCAUUAUCUGCAGAACUACAGAAUGAGAAGCGACUCAGUAGCUCUGCUAUGGCAUUGGCUAAGAGGGCGAGCAAGGAAAGUGCAGUCAUAAAGCGAGCCAUACAGUCAGUGGGAUGCAAAGUUCAUUUUGAUGCUGGUGGUGAUACUACUGUUGAUAUCGAGACCAACCCUAUGGGAAUUACACGGGAAUCUAUUUCUCACUCAAGAAGAGAAUCUGAUGGUAUUGUCCAGCAUCAAUACAAUUCAGAUUUAUCGAUUUCCAUUUCAGCAGCGGCAGAUGAUGUUGUUUCCAACAAUCCACUCAAUCGAGUGUGUGAUGCUAUAUGCCCUUCACGCUCAAGAGAUGGAGGCUGCCGGUGGCCAGAGGCUGGUUGUGCUCAAUUAUGUAGUCAGCUUAUUGGGGUGAAGGCAAACUACGAUGCAAUUGAUAGUCUCUCUAUAUACGAAACUUAUUUUGACACAAGAGGAGAAGGGAAAUAGAGUUUAAAGAGAAGUUUGAGAUUUAUUAUAGCUCUCAAGCAACUCAAGCGUAGGGUCAGUGCAGAACCCUCAGAUUUUGUAAUCGGGACUGUUCAUACGGAGAACAUAGAGUUAGGACCACACUAUCAUUUAGCGUAGCUUGUUUUCCCUCACAGAAGAAAAGACAAGCAAAGCUUGAUGUGAUGAUGCAGUGAAAGGCAGAUGUAUAUCAAAGGGGCCGGCUUUUCAUCUAGUUUGCUGUACAGAUUUCAAACAAUUUUAACAUUUCCAUUCUGUUUUCUAUCACCAUAAAUGUAUAGAGCAAUAUUCAUAACAUGGGACCUUCUUCAUUGUUCGUAAUAAAGAUCCCACAAUUUUAUGUUU